UCUCCCCUCCCCCGCCCCCCCCGCCGCCGCCGCCGCCCCGCCGGGGGGGGCGCAGCCCCGCACCCCCCGCGCUCCCGCCAUGCCGGAGAAGCGGCCGUUCGAGCGGCUGCCCGCCGACGUGUCCCCCCUCAACUAUGGGCUCUGCCUCAAGCCGGACCUCAUCGACUUCACCUUCGAGGGCAAGCUGGAGGCCGCCGUGCAGGUGAAAAAUGCAACCAACCAGAUCGUGAUGAACUGCGCCGACAUCGACAUCAUCACGGCGUCCUACGCGCCCGAGGGAGACGAAGAGGUUCAUGCCACAGGGUUCAACUACCAGAACGAGGAUGAGAAGGUCACUCUGUCCUUCCCCAGCACCCUGCAGAAAGGGACGGGGACGCUGAAGAUCGACUUUGUGGGGGAGCUGAACGACAAAAUGAAAGGGUUUUACCGCAGCAAGUACAGCACGGCCAGCGGGGACACGCGCUACGCCGCCGUCACCCAGUUCGAGGCUACUGAUGCUCGCAGAGCUUUCCCUUGCUGGGAUGAGCCUGCAAUUAAAGCAACUUUUGAUAUUUCUUUGGUGGUUCCCAAAGACAGAGUAGCUUUGUCAAAUAUGAACGUGCUGGAGCGGCGGCCGUACCCCGACGACGAGAGCCUGGUGGAGGUGAAGUUCGCGCGCUCGCCCGUCAUGUCCACGUACCUGGUGGCCUUCGUGGUGGGCGAGUACGACUUCGUGGAGGCGCGCUCGCAGGACGGCGUGCUGGUGCGCGUCUACACGCCCGUGGGCAAGGCCGAGCAGGGCAGGUUCGCCCUCGAGGUUGCUGCUAAAACUCUGCCUUUUUAUAAGGACUACUUCAAUGUUCCUUACCCUCUUCCUAAAAUUGAUCUCAUAGCUAUUGCAGACUUUGCUGCUGGUGCCAUGGAGAACUGGGGCCUUGUUACUUAUAGGGAGACUGCUUUGCUCAUCGACCCCAAAAAUUCCUGUUCCUCUUCUCGCCAGUGGGUGGCGCUGGUGGUGGGACACGAGCUGGCACACCAGUGGUUCGGGAACCUCGUCACCAUGGAGUGGUGGACACACCUGUGGCUGAACGAGGGCUUUGCCUCGUGGAUCGAGUACCUGUGCGUGGAUCACUGCUUCCCCGAGUACGACAUCUGGACCCAGUUCGUGUCUGCUGACUACACCCGGGCCCAGGAGCUCGAUGCCUUAGACAACAGCCACCCCAUCGAGGUCAGUGUGGGUCAUCCCUCUGAGGUGGAUGAAAUUUUUGAUGCCAUUUCCUACAGCAAGGGAGCCUCUGUCAUCAGGAUGCUGCACGACUACAUUGGGGAUGAGGAUUUUCGGAAAGGAAUGAACCUGUACCUGACCAAGUUCCAGCAGAGAAAUGCUGCCACAGAGGAUCUCUGGGAAAGCCUGGAAAAAGCCAGUGGCAAACCCAUUGCUGCUGUGAUGAACACAUGGACCAAACAAAUGGGAUUUCCACUCAUUUAUGUGGAGGCUGAGCAGCAAGAAGAUGACAGAGUCUUGAAGUUGGUCCAGAAGAAAUUCUGUGCCAGUGGGCCCUACACAGGAGAGGAUUUCCCCAUGUGGAUGGUGCCCAUCAGUAUUUGCACCAGUGAGGAUCCCAGCUGUGCCAAAAUGCAGAUUUUGAUGGACAAACCUGAGCUCACCGUGGUGUUGAAGGACACCAAACCAGAGCAGUGGGUCAAGCUGAACCUGGGCACGGUGGGGUUCUACCGCACCCAGUACAGCCCGGCCAUGCUCGAGAGCCUCAUCCCGGCCAUCAAGGACCUGUCCCUGCCCCCCGUGGACAGGCUGGGGCUGCAGAACGACCUCUUCUCCCUGGCCCGAGCUGGAAUCAUCAGCACAGUGGAAGUGCUGAAAGUGAUGGAAGCUUUUGUGAAUGAGCCCAACUACACAGUGUGGAGUGACCUGAGCUGCAACCUGGGCAUCCUGGGCACGCUCCUGUCCCACACAGAUUUCUAUGAGGACAUCCAGGCCUUUGUCAGAGAUGUCUUCUCCCCCAUUGGGGAGAGGCUGGGCUGGGACCCCAAACCUGGAGAGGGCCACCUAGAUGCCCUCCUGAGGGGUCUGGUUUUGGGCAAGCUGGGCAAGGCCGGGCACAAGGCGACACUGGAGGAGGCGCGGCGCCGCUUCAAGGAGCACGUGGAGGGGAAGCAGCUCCUGUCUGCUGACCUGAGGAGCCCUGUCUAUGUGACUGUGCUGAAGCACGGGGACAGCUCCACUCUGGACACCAUGCUCAAGCUGCACAAGCAGGCUGACAUGCAGGAGGAGAAGAACCGCAUCGAGCGCGUCCUCGGCGCCAUCGCCCAGCCUGAGCUGAUCCAAAAAGUUCUCACCUUUGCACUUUCAGAAGAGGUACGUCCCCAGGACACGGUGUCAGUGAUUGGAGGAGUGGCUGGAGGCAGCAAACAGGGCAGGAAAGCUGCUUGGAAAUUCGUCAGGGACAACUGGGAGGAGCUUUAUAAUCGAUACCAAGGUGGAUUUUUAAUAUCCAGAUUAAUUAAGCUCACAGUGGAUGGAUUUGCAAAUGAUAAAAUGGCUGCAGAAGUGAAGGCGUUCUUCGAGAGCCACCCGGCGCCGUCGGCGGAGCGCACGGUGCAGCAGUGCUGCGAGAACAUCCUGCUGAACGCGGCCUGGCUGCGGCGCGACUCGGACAGCAUCGAGCUCUUCCUGCAGCAGCGCCGCGCCGCACACCCCAUGGGGAUUGGACCGUGAAUGUAGAGUUUAACUGGUUCCUGCUCACACUCCAAGAAUUUGGAAAAAUUCUGUUCUGGAAUAAACAACAGCACCAACAACAAAUUUAUCAGCGAUUCUGCAGAAAGAAAGAAAGAGAGAGAGAGAAAAAAAAAACCACAAACAAAAAUACAAAAAAAAAAAAAAAAAGAGAGAGAAAAAUCUGUAAAUAUGAUAGUAAUAAAAUAGAGCAUAACAAAACUGUGAAACUUCCUCAAGCCUUGUCAGUGGUUAAAAUAUUUAACACCCCCUUCCUUUCCUGACACUUAUUGACAGAUGUUCUGGUUUUUACACCUUUUCCCUAAAAAAAAGAGGAAAUCAGGGGUUUUUAGGUCAGUCUGAGGCAGGAGUGGGGCCUCAGUUUGUGGAACAGUCACUGGGCCAGGCAGGUGUGGUUGGACAGAAUUUUGAUUUUGGGGAGAUGUCUCUGAACCCCUCCCCACCCCAAGGAUAGCAGGGCUCCCCUUUUUCCUUUGUGUUAUCUCUCAGCAAAAAAAAAAAAAAAAAAAACUUACAAAAAAUUUAAAAUCCCACCAAAAAAAUCCCCUAGUUCUGUUUUUCUUGGGUUCCCCCUUUUCCCUUUGUGUUACCUCUCAGCAAAAAAAAAAAAAAAAAUUAAAAAAAUUAAAAAUCCUAUUUAAAAAAAAAACACAGAACCUCCCAAUUCUGUUUCUCUCGGGUUCUCCCUUUUCCCUUUUGUGUUACCUCUCAGUAAAAAAAAAAAAAAAAAUUCAAAACUUUAAAAUCCCAACAAAAAAAAACCAAACCCAAAGCCCCCCAGUUCUGUUUCUUUGGGUUCCCCCUCCCCUCUCACUGAUGUCCUUCAUGGAUUGUAAAAAAAACUCUCACAGCCACACAAAACCCCCGAGGUUGGAUUUAGAUUUUUUUUUUUUUGCAGUUUGGAUUUUUUGAUUUCCCAAUUUCCCUCCUGGCCCCUGCUGUUCUUGCCCUGCCCUCCCUUCUCUGUGAUUUCCAUGGAAAAAAUUUGGAUUCAGAAGCCUUAAAUCAGUGCUGAUGAUGAUGAAGAUGAUGAAGAUGUGCCAUCAUCCCCUCCCAAAGCAGCUCCUACUAACCAGCCACCCUCUAAUCCACAAAGGUUGGAGUUCCAACUUUUUUUUUAUUUUUAAAUUUUUCCUCCUUUUUUUUUCCCCCCCUUAUUUUAACAGGGAUUCAUAUUUGGUGUGGCUUUAACUGUUAAUUUUUUUUCUUUUUGGAAGGUCAUCAAAUUUAACUUUGUCAGAUUGCUUCCCCCUCUUGAGACAUUUUUGUGGUAUUGUUUAAAAAAAAAAAAAGGGUUACCAAAAAAAAAAAAAACAACAAAACACCCACAAAAAAAUUUUAAAAAAAUCAACAAAAAAAAGUACAAAAUAAAGAAAAAAAAAAGAUUUAAAAGAGUUGGCGUUAAUAAAAAUGUCAAUGUGAAA